AUAUAGUUAUAUACUAUAACUGUAUAAAUAUUAUUGAAUUGAAAUCAUGUGACUUUCGACCUGGACAGGAAGUCACACGAUUUCAGUUAAAAAAUUUCCACUGAACAUAGUUACAUAGAUGACCGGCAUGAGUUUGUUGUUACCAGGAAAAGUAUGAUGUGCAAGACACUACAAUUUCUUUUUUAACUUUUUCCGCCCUGUGGGCACUAAGAAAGCCUCUUUCUGCAAGUCCAUUAUGGAUUCGGACAGGACCACAAUGGGAAGGCCUAGUGGUGAGGGACAGGAGAUAUCCGAACGGACCCAACUCCAAAAAAUUCCUGACUCGACCGGAUUAGUUUCCGGGUCUCACAGAGCGGAAGGUUACCUUUGACCGCUCGGCCAUUAGGCUUCGAUACUAAUUUCAGGUUCAUGGAAGAAGGAAGAACAGAAUUGACAUCUUUAGAUAAUGCAAAAGAACUGUAUUAUUUCAGUAAUAGUUAUAAAAUAUAUUCUUUGAGAAAUUUUUGUAAUGAAUACAUCUUAUCGGUCAUUAAUAACCAAAAUAUAUUCGAUAUUUACGAGUUUGCAUACAACGUUACCGAUAACUCUAUUAGAUACAAAUGUUUGAAAUGGUUCGACGAGGAAUGUAUGGAAGUGUUUAAAAAAUCAAAUUGUAGUAACUGUAAUGAACGUACAAUAAGCACUCUCGUAUCUCGUCCCAUAUAUAAAUGGAUGAAUGAAGCAGACGUGUUCCAUACUGUUUAUUACUGGGCAGAGACGAAAGUAAAUAAAUCAACCAAUCUGCGAACAAUUAUGGAACCAUAUCUACCGAAAAUCAGAUUUCUAGCAAUACGACCGGAAUGUUUUCAUCGAUAUGUUUUGCCAUUUCUGAAAAAUGUAUUAACAGACGAAGAAAUUCAACUAAUAAGAGAAUCAUUGUCAUCCACGUGUACAUCAAAUCUCCCUGCUUUUAUUUGCAGAAGUAGAGAAGAGAGAAAAAUUACAUAUUACGAAAACUUGUUUUACUAUAUGAAUCGAAGUUCUAUGAAAACUGAUAAAGAUAUUCUUGUUACUAGUAAAACCCGAUUUAUAUGUGAAAUAUUUCCAAAGCACAAUUGCUUUCUUACCGACAUUCUUCUUCCCAUAAGGCAUUCCAGAGAAGAAAAUAUUUCUGGUUUCUUAAAACUUAUUGUUAAAAAUACUCAAAAAUCAUUUCCUGAAACAUUUUUCUGUGAUGGCGAGGGACAAGCAAAAUGCUCAUCACCUAUAUAUUUAACUAAAUAUACGUCUUAUCAUUUUAAAGCUCGGAUUGAUAAGUAUAUUUUUUCACAAACUGAUAUACGAGUAAAGAAGGACAGCUAUUAUUAUUCUCCAGAACACUAUAAAAGAAAAAAUGACAAAAAUAUAAAUAAAAAGAACAAUCAAACUUUUUAUUUUGAAGCAAUUCUUUACUUUUAAUACAGGAAAUAUAUAAUAAAAUAUAUUAUUCGUAAAUCGUUAUCUUCUUCUUUGAUAUUUUACUCUUUCUGUCCUGGACCUUUUUAAUUAAUCAUAUCUAUGAAAGGUGGAAAAUCUAGUUCUGUUUCUGGCUGGAACUGUCGGAACUGUUCCUCAGAGCUGCUUAUUCUGUUGGACUGGACAGUUACGUUCUCAAACCGUUACGUUCUUUCGACAGUUACGUUCACUUACUUCUAGUAUAGG